AUGGCUUCCCACGACGACGACACCAUGCCCGAGGAGACGCAGGGCUACAAGCUCUCCCAGCCCAAGCAGAGCUUGGCCGAGUACCAGCAGAUGGAUGCCGGCGAUGAGUCCCUCCAGCGAUACAAAGAGUCCCUCGGCCUCGGCGGCGGCAAGGACAUUUCCGACCCCAACGAUCCCCGCGUGUGCAUCAUCCUCAGCCUCACCAUGGACUCACCCGGCCGCGAUCCCGUCACCAUCGACCUCUCCCGGCCUGGCAGCGAAGCCACCAUGAAGGACAAGCCCUUCAAGAUCAAGGAAGGCUCCAAGUUCACGAUGAGCGCAAAGUUCAAGGUGCAGCACGAGAUCCUCAGCGGCCUCCAUUAUGUCCAGGUGGUCAAGCGCAAGGGCAUCAAGGUGUCCAAGGACUCGGAGAUGAUUGGAAGCUAUGCUCCCAACACGGACAAGCAGACCACCUACAUCAAAAAGUUCCAGGAGGAGGAGGCGCCAUCCGGCAUGCUCGCCCGCGGCCACUACAACGCCAUCUCCAGCUUCGUUGACGACGACAAGAAGAAGCACCUCGAGUUCGAGUGGAGCUUCGACAUCGCCAAGGAAUGGUAG